CAAGUUUCAACUAUAGUGAUCUGUGGUUUCAAUUCAACCAAUUUGGCAAUUUCCAAUUUCCAUUUUCGUUUGUGAAUUGUGAUUGUGGUUGUACUUAAUCAUUAGAAAGUUUCGUGAGUAUUUCAUGUGAUUGAUUGUGCAUUAUAAGAACACUGUAUUUAAGUAAUAUAUAGUGCACUGAAUCUAAUUAAUUCGUUACACAAAGUAAUCAGGUAAAAAGUGGUGGCAAGCCGCCAUUUUGUACGUGGUAUUAUUUUUGGACAAUCUACAAUUGGUCAUCACUCAAGUAUAAUAAGAUAAUUUAAAGGCACAUGCAUCAUGACUGAAAAUACUUCUAAAGAACCGCCUAUUCAAACUAUGAGUGGCAUGCCAUCGGAUCCAAACGCUUGGAUGUACGGUGUCUACCAGCCGUACAGUGGGUAUCAAGGUGGCAUGUUCCCGCAGUUUUACAAUCAUCAAUAUUUUAAUCAAAUGGGUAAUAGUGGAUCUUUCCGUAACGACGGUCAACAUUAUCAUCAAAAUAACGAGGCGAGGCCGGCCGGCCAAUAUGGCCAUCAUCAAUUUUCCUCACCUCCGCCUUUGUUAGGAAUGUCCCCGUUUGAUACUAGCCGCCCGUUCAAUAACCAGAGCCCUAUUAGGUUUAAUUUUACAGGUAGUAGAAAAUCUGCCCCCCUUCCUCCAAAUGAAAACCCUCUGUUGGCCAAUAACAAUAACAAUGCCAAGAAAAAACGUAAAAAGGGAAACAAAGCAAUUAACGAGGCAGGGUCAGCUUUAGCGCCUCCAUUGCCUGACCAUCCACCACCGCUGCCUCCCUGUCCACCACCAGAUCUCCCCAAGCCGCCACCUCCCCCUCCCCUCGACGUUCCUUUACCUCCCCCCAUAGCCACUGAAGACAUUCCUGAGCCACCAGAGGAACCCAAAUGUGAAAACAAUAAUGAAAAAGAGUUGGAGAAUGUUGUUCCAAAUGACAACUCUUCAAACUUUUUAAAAACCUCAUCAAUACAAACAUCAGCAGGAAUAUGGCCUGAAAGUUUAGAAAGGUAUAUUAAAAGAUGUUACGAGAAGUGCAAAACGGGCAUAGAUCGCGACCAAAUAGAUAUAUGUUUAAAGGGCCGCAUUACAGCUGCAGCUAACAAAGAUGAAAUAUGGACAAGAAAUUGGGAUGAUGAGCCUAUACCUAGUGUACAUAGCGAACGAAAUAAUUUAUCUAUGAAACCACUUCGCGGUACACUGUCAUUGUACCAAAAGUGUGAAGCUAUUUCAGAGCUAAGCAAGUCCAAGUCUUUGGCUGGCAGGAAUUAUAAUACUCAUAAAAAUUCUCCUCAGAGACGAAGAAAAGCACAUUCCAGGAGUCGCUCUAAGUCUAAAAGUCCACCAAGAAAAAGGCAGAGCACAUCAUCUACAUCUAGCGAUGAGAUUGAAGAAAAGAAGACUUUCAGGAACAAACCUCGGCAGAAGGUUAAAGAUAGAUUAUCACUGGACCAGAAGAAACCUGAGAAGUUCCAAAAAAAUAUUAAAAAAAAAGCAUAUAACCAAUUUAAUGUUGAAGAAUUACAAGGCAAUGCUGAAAAAUUACAGAAAAGAGCCCAAAGAUUUGGCAAUGGUAAUGUUCCCACCAUAGCUAGCUCAAUACAGCCUAGUCGCAGUAGUGAAGUAAAUCUGCUGGAACCCUCCCCUAAAAGGCCUUUCAUACAGGAUACAGAAGGCGACUAUGAGCUCAACAACAUGCAUAUAGUGGGAACAUGCACAGACAUUGAGAAGUCAUUUUUAAGGUUAACAAAGGCACCUGAAUCUUGUGAGGUUCGGCCGGUCACAGUACUAAAGAACUCAAUUAAAAAUGUUAAAGAGAGAUGGAUACAAAAACAGGAUUAUAGAUAUGCAUGUGAUCAACUCAAAUCAAUAAGGCAAGAUCUAACGGUGCAAGGAAUAAGAGACAGUUUUACAGUAGAAGUAUAUGAAACACAUGCCAGAAUAGCCUUAGAAAAAGGUGACCAUGAGGAAUUCAACCAAUGCCAAACACAACUGAAAAUGCUUUACACUGAGCUUCCAGAUUGCAGAGCCAAUGAAGCUGAGUUUAAAGCAUAUAGGAUUUUGUACUACAUAUUUACCAAUAAUACUUUGGAUCUUACUACAAUUUUCCAAUUUCUGUCCAAAGAUGAUAGAGAAAAUGAAUGUAUCAAGCAUGCACUGAACACAAGAUGUGCGUGGGCUACUGGCAAUUUACAUAAAUUUUUUACACUGUACAAAACAGCCCCCAUGAUGGCGGGAUACUUAAUAGAUUGGUUUGUGGACAGAGAGCGGAAAAGUUACCUGAAAUACAUCAUAAAGUCCUACAGGCAGACUGUUCCUGUGGACUUCAUUGUACGCGAGCUGGCCUUCGAGUCUACUUCUAAAGCUUUAGAGUUCUUGAAUCAGUUUCCUCUUUCGUAUACUGGCAACAAUCAGGAUCAAAUUGAUUGCAAGGCCAGCCUUCAAGUAAUCAAUCAGAACAUCUAACAUACCACUUAUGCAUUCGUGCAUAGCCGUCCUGUUAAAGUUAAAUUUAUUUUGUGCGUCGUUAUGUAAACACGCAAAGCGACAGGGUCCACAGCUUGGGCAGAGCUUCGGCGGUCGUUAACGUGGCCAAUAUCAUUUCACCUUCGUUUUAUUAGGCACAUGCGGCGUCACAAUAUAUUAUAUUUGCACAGCUGAGAAGUUUGGAAUUUGUGGCAGUUUUAGCGAGAAUAUUGUUUUGAUGAAGAAAUGCUUCGUGUGUGUGGGAGCUGCUACAAAGCAAUUGGAGGUUUUAGUGCAUAGACAAUUCAGCAGUGCUAAAGACUUAUAAUAGAAGUAAAGUGUUAACAAUAAGAGAACUUUUAAAAGCAUUAUUGAUGUUGUGUAAAUAAAUUAAAAAAUCUUUUUAUACUUCACAAUUUGUUCAAAUGUUGUAGUUGAUUAAUUAUUAGAACCUGUACAUAUGAAUGUGAUGUGCUUAAGUCAAUAUAUUGAUUUUUUAUA